AUGAAGGCGUCGUCCGGGGACGCCCCUCGCCGAGAGAGACCCUCAAUCACAAGUCACCCCGCCCUCCCCACCCUCCUCGCCGUGCCACGCAACCCCUCCCCCGAACCGCCCUCCCGAUCUCCCUGCAGUACCCCUCGCCCCUCGCCGGGAAGAAGUGACUCCAGCAGCCGUGGCGGCUCUUUGGGCCCAAGGGGCGGGCGCGGCAGCCAUUGGCGGAGGCAUCUGCCUCCGGCUGUCAAUCCCGCGGCCCGGCCCCGCCCCACCGGCGGAGCGUGGCAGGACGCAGGGCCGCGGGGGCUGUUGCGACGGCUCCAAGAUGGCCGCGCGCUUGGGGUCCGCACCUGCUGGCGGCCCCGAGCACCGUUAACUGCCACCGCUGCUGACCGGAGCCGCCAGUCGGCCUGGCGACUCCGUGGGCUGUCCCCGCGGGGCGGGAGGCCGCCAUGGCGACCCUGGAAAAGCUGGCGAAGGCCUUCGAGUCCCUCAAGUCCUUCCAGCGGCCGCCGCCUCAGCCCCCUCAGCCGGCACCGCAGCCGACGCCGCCUCACAAGGUACCGCCGCCGCCUCAGCCCCCUCAGCCGGUACCGCCGCCGCCUCAGCCCCGUCAGCCAGCACCGCCGCCGCCGCCGCCUCAGCCGGCACCGCCUCAGCCCCCUCAGCCAGCACCGCAGCCGUCGCCGCCUCAGCCGGUACCGCCGCGGCCUCAGCCCCCUCAGCCGGCACCGCAGCCGCCGUCGCCUCAGCCGGUACCGCAGCCACCGCCGCCUCAGCCGGUACCGCCGCGGCCUCAGCCCCCUCAGCCGGCACCGCAGCCGCCGUCGCCUCAGCCGGUACCGCAGCCACCGCCGCCUCAGCCGGUACCGCCGCGGCCUCAGCCUCCUCAUCCGGCACCGCAGCCGCCCCCUCAGCCGGCACCGCAGCCGCCGCCGCCUCACCCGGUGCCGCCGCCGCCUCAGCCCCCUAAGCAGGCACCGCAGCCGCCGCCGCCUCAGCCCCCUCAGCCGGUACCGCCGCCGCCGCCGCCUCAGCCGGCACCGCAGCCGCCGCCGCCUCAGCAGGCACCGCAGCCUCAACCGCCGCCGCCGCCUCAGCCCCCUCAGCCGGCACCGCAGCCGCCGCCGCUUCAGCCGGUACCGCAGCCGCCGCCGCCUCAGCCGGUACCGCCGCCGCCUCAGCCGGUACCGCCGCCGCUUCAGCCGGUACCACCGCCGCCGCCGCCUCAGCCCCCUCAGCCGGCACCGCAGCUGCCGCCGCCUCAGCCCCCUCAGCCGGCACCGCAGCCUCAACCGCCACCGCCGCCCGUCCACCGUGGGUCAGGAGCCGCUGCACAGACGGAAGGUUAAAAUGCAUGUUCAUAACAUCAAGAAAAUCACAAGCAUUUACGAUGUAAUCAGAACUACCUGAGGAUCUGUGAAACUUGGUGUGUUAUUCUGGGAGAUCAUCAGGACUUCUGGGUAUUUGGAGGUACUGACCUAACCAGUGGAACUGCUGAUUUAUAAGAAGUUGUCCAGAAUUUUGGAAAACUGAUUAGUAGAGGCUGGAGACCGAGAAGAACUACCAUUUUUGCCAGCUGGGAUGCAGAAAAAUUUGGACUUCUGGGUUCCAUAAAUGGGCUGAGCUCUGUCAUAAUGGAAACUCUGCAGCAGAAUCAGCUGUCAUCUAUCCCGUGUGGCCAAGUGCAGAGGAGAAUGUGAAAACACUCCAGGAGAGAGAGGUUGCAUAUAUCAAUGCAGACUCAUACACAGAAGGCAAUUAUACCCUCAGAGUUGACUGUACACCUCUUCUUUUCCAGUUGGUAUAUAAACUGACAAAAGAGUGGAGGAAUCAGACAUCAUUCAUCUGGAGAAAUGCUGUUGGUUACUGAGGGCUCAAUCCCGAACUGGAUGAUUUGAUUUAGAGACAUUUGGCCCAUUGGCUUCACCACCAAUUCGUCCAUCUCUGAGUGAAGGUUUAUUUAAUGCUUUUGGUGAAAAUCAUGACAGCCACAUAGAUUUUAAGGAGAUAUCCUGUGGGUUAUCAACUUGUUGCAGAGGACCUCUGGCUGAAAGACAGAAAUGAAAGUGUGUUAAACAUCACAAAAUUUGGAAGCUAUACAGAGAAAAAAAUUAGCAUCCAUUCAUGUAAAAAGUCAUCUGAUUAAGGCUUGAAUUUUCAUCCCUUUGGCAAAUAGCAAUCUCUUGCUGAGGUUUUACUGAGUUUGCUUCAAGGUAUUUGAUGUUGACGGUGAUGGAGUUCUCUCUAGGGUUGAACUGAGAGACACGUGGUUGCACAUUUAGAGGUCUGGAAGGACAACUGCACCGAUGAUACCCUGGAAUUACAUGUGGAUGUAUCCAACAUUGUAGAAGACACAUAGAAUGCACAUGACACCACAAAGAAUGGCCAUCUUAACUCUAGAGGAAUAUCAUCUCUGGAGUGUGAAAAAUGUUCUUGCCAAUGAGUUUUUGAAUCUACUUUUCCAGGUAUGUUUAAGGUAAAAGACAGAGACCGAGGGCAGUGGUACCAGUAGUUCUACAUCUUUUCCAUUAUGUAGUAGCUAGACAACUAGACUACAAAACCAUAUAUUGUCAAAAGAACUGCAUUAACCUGUACACCACCUGCAGAUGGUAAGUUAGAGCGUGCAUGCUUCUCAGAGUCACAAUGUGCAUGAUAGGAAAAUAGAGUAUAGCUGAUAAUGUUUAUCUUAAUAACUCAUGAUAGAGCAGAUUGUAGACACAUAGAAAAGAAUUUAAAAUGUAAAAGCCAUUAUAAUUUGCUAUUUUUCUUUACUUUUUUUUUUUUUUAAGACCCUUCCUAACAAGUAAGGCAGUGUGGACAGAGACAAAGAUCAUAAGUCGGCAGCUGUAAAUUUUUCACAAAGUAUACAAUCUUUCCAGUUAGGAGGUUAUUUUAGAUGCAAAUCUGUUUCUUAAUUUUCUUUUAUUCUUUCUUUCUUUCUUUUUUUUUUUUUCUUUUUUUAAUUUAGUUCUUUAGAAGGUCCAAAAAAGAUUGAAGGAGAAAGGAGGAAAAAAAGCUGUCAGGGGUGAACAUGAAAUCAUAAAACUUGCCAGAUUUUAACUAUUUUCCAGUUAAAGUAGUUCUCUUUGCUCCAAUUUAAAGAAACAACUUAUAGUUUCCCAUUUUUCAUAGUUCUUCAUAAAUAUAUGUUGAUUUAAUAGUAUUUUACAGGGUGUGAGUAGGGACAGACUGGAAGUUCAAGAUUUGUAAAUACUGACACGUAUCUAUAGAAUAGAUAAACAAGUUUAUACUGUAUAGCUCAGGGAAAUAUAUUCAAAAUUUUGUAGUAGCUCAUGGGGAAAAUAUAUGAAAACAAAUAUACGUAUAUUCGUAAAGUACUGAAAAAUUGUGCUGUACACCAGAAAUUGACACAACAUUGUAAACGGACUAUAACUCAGUAAAAAAAUAAAAACAAGAUAAAACUGUUAGAACACUAUAAAAAAGGUAGUAUUUUAGAUUUUUCUUAUUUUAUUCUCCUUUUCUUAUAAAAGCACCCCUAUGAAGAUCAAUAAGGCUUGAUAUCUUUAUAUCUAUCAUGAUCCUCCAUUGUAAAUACAGAGUAACCUGCCUGUGACACAGCUAUGUUAGAAUAAAUGAAAAUUGAACUCUUCCUGACAGCUAAUAAUUAAUGUAUAUUUAAAGCAUAUGAAAUCUGAUAAGUCUAUGAUACCCAUUUAAAUCAAUCAGUUGCUCCACUGUCAGUUAUCAGCCAGGAUCUAAGUUGAUGUUUUUAUAAAAUAUAAAUACAUAUAAAAAUAAUAUAAACCUACUAUAAACAGAAAUGACUUGCUUAGUAAUAUGAAAAUUGAGCAGCUAUUUUUAUCUCAUUUAAAAUGAUGUCCUCAAUUACUUUAAGUUAUCAUUAAUUAUAUAAACAUUUUGACCACUUAAGUUUGUGUCUGAGUCACCUUGCAGCUCUUACAUAGCAAAGCAUUUUGAACUUUUAUAUUGCCUUUCCUAUUUUCUCAUGUUUAUCAGGGACUUGCAUAGGCACUAUUUUUUCUAGGACUCUAUAAACAGAUGUAUGCCUGAGAUUUUCUUUUGUGUCUGUGUUUCUAGCAUAUUACUGACAGAUUUUUUUGUUGGUUAUCAAUCUAAUUUUUUUUCUUGGUAUAUAUAGUCCUUUCAGCCCUUUCAAGUAUAUAUAUAUGUAGUCAGUUUACAAUGUGUCAAUUUCUGGUGUACAGCACAAUGCUUCAGUCAUACAUGAACAUACAUAUAUUAAUUUUCAUACUUUUUCACCAUAAGUUACUACAAAACAGUAUUGGAUAUAGUUCCCUGUGCUAUACAGUAUGAACUUGUUUAUAAAUUGGGAGUUUGAGAUUUGCAGGUACUAAAUAUUAACAUUACAUUUUAUGAUGCUUACUUUAUCCCAUAUUCAGACAUGCUUUUAAAACUUAAUUUUCACUUAAUAUAUAAGUAAUCAGACUUACUCUAAAUUGUUUUAUUUUCUGUCUGUUUCUAAAAUAGAAUUAGCUAGUAAAUUCAGUGAUAAAAGCUUGAAUUAUACUUUUAUUUUAUUUGCCAAGAUCCCACUCCUGGCUGACCAUUUUGGGUAUUUAAGUAUAAAGUAAGUAAAUGUCAGUAGAAUUAGGAAACCAUUCCUGUGGUAAUAUUAUUUUCAGUCCUUUCAAAUAAACUCAGUGCUCAAUAUUUUGCAGAGGAAGCAUUCUAAACAUGAUCAGGAUCUUCUAUCUUGUACGUUUGUCAGAAAGCGUCAAAUGUUAAACAGUUUGAUAAACAGAAUAGUGCACCACACUGACCCCUACCUAUAUCCAUGCUCUAAUCCUGAAAUCUGUGAAUAUGUUAUUUUACAUGGCAAAGGGGAUUUUGCAGAUGUAUCAGGUUAAGGACUCUGAGAUAGGGAGAUUAGCCUGGAUUAUCUACAUGGGCCUAGUCUAACAACAGGAGUCCUUAAAAAUUGAAAAUCUUUCCCAGCUGUGGUCAGAAAGAUAAGACUUUGGAAGAAGGAUUAGAAAGCUGUAAAGCUGUUAGCUUUGAAGAUAGAGGAAGGGCCAUGGGUAAAGAAAUGUGGGUGAACUCUAGAAGCUGGAAAAGACAAGGAAAUAUAUUCUUCCUUUGACCUACAGGGCAUACAGCCCUGCUGACAUCUUGAUUUUUAGCCAAAUGAUACCUGUUCCUGACUUGAACUACAGAACCAUAAAAUAAUAAGUUUGUGUUGCUUUAAGCUGCAAAAUUUGUGAUAAUUUGUUACAGCAGUGAUAAAAAUAAAUAUAGGGGAGGUAAUCCAACUUUAUGGAUUGGAGGGCUCAGCAUUUUAAAGAUGUCAGUUCCCCUUCAACUGAUUCAAAGAUUUAUAUGUGCACAUCAAAAUCCCCAACAGUUAAUUGUUGUUACUGUUUUUUUGUAGAACUUGACAAGCUGAUUCUAAAUACAUAGAGAAGCGUGAAGGGCCAACAAUAGCCAAGAUGAUAUUAAAGAACAAUGUUAAAGGACUUAUAAAACAAUAUUAAGUCUAUGUGAUAACUACCUAAAGUUAGACAUAUAGACCAAUGGAACAGCAUUGAAUUAAACCCUGUACCAUACAUGAACAGUAACUUUAGAUAGAUUAUAAAUCUAAUAUAUUUGAAACAUAAAGCAAAGCAUCUGGGGGAGGGUAAAGCUCCGGUGGAAUGUGUGCUUAGCAUGCAUAAGGUCUUGGGUUCAACUCCCAGUACCUCCAUUAAAAUAAAUAACCUAAUCCCCCACCAAAAUAAAGCAUCUAGAAAAUAGUGUAGGAGAUAUUUUAAUGACUUUGAAGUGGCAAAGAGUUCUUAAACAGGACACAGCACUAAACAUAAGAGUUUUAAGUUGGACUUCAGUAAAAUUAAGAAUUAUUUUUAUCAAGAGAUACCAUUAAGAAAGUGAAAAGCUAAGCCACACGGUGGGAAAAUAUAUUUGCCAUACCUAUAUCCAACAAAAGACUUGUAUCUAGGGCAUAUGAAGAACAAAAACCAGUGGAGAAAAAGGCAGAACCUCAAUAUUAAAUUAUGAAAAAUAAUUGAACAGGUGCUUCACACACACACAAAAAAAUCCACAUAAGCUAUGAAAAGGGGCUGACCUCUUUAGUAAUAAUGGAAAUAUGUACUAAAACCACACUUGGAACACCAUUAGACAUCCACUAGAAUAGUUAGUUGUUAAGUGAUAUGAAGCAUUGGUGAGGGCAGCAGGCAAUGGGGACUCUUACACAUGGCCAGCGGGAAUAUAAAUUCUUACAAAUACUUUGGAAAUAGGCUUUUUGAAUGAAAGUUAUAUAUGUGUGUGUGUGUGUGUGUGUAUAUGUACACACAUACACAUACACACACACCCACACCCUAUUACCAAGGGUAACCCAUGUGUGUACCCUUCAGAAACUUCUACAUCUGAGCACCAAAGGACAUCCAGAAAAUUCUCAUAAUCACUAUUUGUUAUACCCCCAAAUAGAAAAUGACCCAAAUACUUGUCAACAAUAAAUACAUAACCAUAAGUGGUGGCACAUGCAUACAAAUUGUAUACUUUAAAGCAAUAAAAAAUAUACUAGUUUACAGAAAACACUAGUGGAUGAAUCUUACAUAAUGUUGAGUGGAAAGUACGGGACCAAAAAUUUCAAAAGCAAAAAAACCAAUCCAUGCUGGCUGAAUUUAGGAUGGUGAAUCCAUCAAAGGGGUGCCGUAGUAACUGGGAAGAAACCCAAAGUGGAACAGCAAUGUCCUGUUUCUUGACUGGAUGAAGGUUACAUAGAUGUGUUUACUUUGUGAAAAAUCACUGAGCUGUAUACUUAAGAUGUGUUCACGUUUAAGCAUGUAUAUUAUAUUUGCAUUCUUUAAAAAAAAAGUUUGCUUGCAAAAAAAGAUAUCCAAAGCCCAAGUAUUUAUCAGUAGGAGAAUGGAUAAAACAAAUGAUAGUAUAUUCAAACAAUGGAAUACUACUCAACAAUAAAAAAGAAUCAACAACUGAUACAAGGAUGAACCUCAAAAGCCUAAUUUAUACAUUUCAUUGUCAGGUAAAUUUUAACUCAGAAGGUAAACAAAACUAAACAGGCAUGUGCCCUGGGGGGAGAGGUGCUGUAGCCUUUGUCUCCUCAGACCUGUGCCAUUACUGGCACAUCUCGCAAGAAGAGAGGCAGGGCUCAGCCACAGCUACCAUCUCCUCCUGUGCAUAGUGCCUGGGCAGGGGCGGGGCUGAGGCCUGAAUCUGCACGUGGGGGCUCCACAACCUCCUAGGCAGGACUGAGACUUGUUUAUAGCCUGAGGCAGAGAGGAUCUUUCUACCCUGACACCUCAGAGAACUUGUGCUGCCAAGAGAAACAAGGAGCUAAGAUUUGGCACAGAGAAUAGGUGGGGCUGUUCCGCAGUCUUCCCCGAGCCCACCUACAGACCGCCUACCCGAGGCAGAGCAGGCAGCUGCACAGAGCAGCAGAGUGACCAGCACGAGGAGAGGGCAGGUGGGCAGCCACCCACCUUCCUGGCAGGAACACAGCUCCUGACCACGGUGCUGGGACUUGGUGUGAUCUGCCCACCUGCCUCCCCCUGAUCACAGCAUCUGACUGUGGCAUCAGGAGGGGGAGUGACCUGCCCGCCCACCGGGUAAGAGCUCAGCUCCUGACCUAGUGUUAGGAGGGGACACAAUCUGCUACCCAACAGCCACUGAGAGCAGCACAGAUGAGGGCGCCAACAGAAGACCUAUGAAACAGCAAGCUGAGUUCACGAAGCAGAGGGAAGAUACAAAGACCUGUCAAUCAAAUCAUUAAGGGCACACCAUCUCCAGGUUAAGUAGGUAACUGAUACUCCUUAAGCCACGGUGCCAGAGAGAUAUGAGCAAUGUGAAGAAGCAGAGAAACCACUCCCAAUUAAAAGAUCAAGAGAAAUCCCCUGAAAGCAUGAUCAAGGAAAAAGACAUUGAUGGCCUACUAGAUCAAGGUUUCAAAAAAAGAGUGAUCAAAGUACUGAAGGAACUAAAAAAAAAUAGUGUUUAGGGAUAUAAAAUAUGUCAAAAAUGAAAUAGAAACUAUAGAGAAGAACCAAGUAGAAGUAGUAAACUCAUUGUCUGAGAUGAGAGCUGACCUAAAGGCUGUGCAAAGCACACUAGAAAAUACAGAAGAACAAGUAUGUGAUCUAGAAGACAGGACAACAGGAAGCACCCAAUCAGAACAGCUGAGAGAAAAACAAAUAAAAAAAAAAUGGAAACAAUAUACGGGACCUACGGGGUAAUAUAAAGUGUGCCAAUCUAUGCAUAAUAGCAGUUCCAGAAGGGAAAAAAGAACAAAGGGGAUUGAAAAUGUAUGGGAAGGACUCAUGACUGAAAACUUCCCAAACCUAAAGAAGGAAUCAUAUCCAAGCACAGGAGGCUCAGAGGGUCCCAAACAGGAAGAACCCAAACAUACCCACACCAAGGCAUAUCCUAAUCAAGAUAGCCAGAGUCAAGGAUAAAGAAAUGAUCCUAAAGGAAGCAAGAGAAAAACAGAGUGAGUUACAAGGGAACCCCCAUAAGGUUUUCAGCUGAUUUCUCUACACUGUUUACAACAGCUAAGACAUGGAAACAGCCUAAAAUGUCCAUCAACAGAUGACUGGAUAAAGAUGUGGGAUAUUUAUAUGAUGGGAUACUAUUCAGCCACAAAAACUGACAACAUAACGCCAUUUGCAGAGACAUGGAUGCUCCUGGAGAAUGUUAUUCUAGGUGGAGCAGAACAGAAAGAGAAAGAGGAAUACCAUAUGAGAUCACUCAUGUGUGGAAUGUUAAAUAUAUGCAAUGUCUUGUGGUAACUCACAGCAAAAAAAAAAAAGUGACAAUGAAUGUAUGUACGUUCAUGUAUAACUGAAAAAUUGUGCUCUACACUGGAAUUUGUCAUAACAUUGUAAAAUGACUAUUACUCAAUAAAAAAUGUUUAAAAAUAAGUAAAAUAAAAUAUAACCUUUAAAAUACUGUAUAA